AUGAAAGUUUUAUUUCUCAUUCUACCUAUCAUAUAUGCAUGUACAGACUCAUUCGACUGUUUUUCAGAGAGUUCUAGAUUUAAUUGUAAUGGAGAACCCUGUCUAAACAAUAUCACAGAACUUGAAAACUUUGUAAAAAUUACUAAAAAUCUUACUAUGUACUUUGAACUUGAUAUUUCUAACAUAACUAUGCUAUUUGAAUUACAAUUUUGCUAGAGAUUUGCUAUAGUGUUUGAUUACACAAAAAUAAAUCAGUUGAAUAAAACAUAUGAUGAAUAUGAUAUUACAGGUAAAGAAAUCAUUUUCUUUCGAUGGGAUCAAACCUAUGACAAUUUGUAUGUAAAUGACAAUAUUGGAUAAUCUCCUACUUCUUUCGUUUAUGAUGAAUAAAAGGUAGGAUUUUAAAAUUGGCACAUUUUAGGAUAUGCAAUUAUAAAUGAAACAAUCAGAAUAAAAAUAACUAGGACAUUACUUAUAGAUAAUCAAAAUUACUAUUAAUUUAAUAAGCAAACUCUUGAUAUAGGAUAUCUUAUAGUUUAUAAUAAAGAAGGAAUCGUUUAUAAGAAUUACAAUAGAGGAGUAAUUACUGUAGAUUUAUACAACUUGGCUAGUUAUGUUGAGAAAUAUGAACAAUUUACAGAUUAAGGACAUACUAUUUUCCUAUUUAUUUUUUGGAGUUUCUUGUCAGAUAUUGGUAUAUUCUUUGGUAGACAAUUGAAAAGUUAUCCAAAGUAUGCUAAAGUUCACGGAAUGAUAUUCUUAUUUCAGAGUAUUUUAACCUAUAUUUUUGCAUUCAGUAAAAUAGAGUACAGUACUUUAUAUAUAAUAAUAAAGAUAAAUUAAAAAUCUAAGAGAUUUAUUAUUAUGAUGGAUUGAUAAUUGCACAUUUUAUAAUUGGAGUUUUGAUACUAAGUUUUCUACUACUUUAAUUGAUGAUGGGAAUGAUUGUCAAAAAUAAUCUAGAAUCUUUGAAUGGUUCCAAUAAAAUCUAUAAAAUUAAGAGAAUUCAUUUUUACUUAGGCUAUUUCAUUUAUUUAGUUACUAAGGCAUAAGUAGCUAUGGGAGUUCAUAUACAAAGACCUGAUUUAUUGUAAAAUUUUACAUUAUUCAAAAUAGAAUUCCCUUUUAUUAUUUCUAUGUGUUUCUAUUCUUUUCAAAAAUUUCAAUAGAGAUACUUUAUCAUUAUGAAGUGUCAAUUAUUCCAAGACGGAGAAUCACUUACUCUUAUGUAGAAUUAGAUAAGAACUAAAUCUAUGAAAAUUUGAUUGACAAAAUCAAUCAAAAUAGUAUAAAUUCUAUGUUAUAAAUUAGUAUCUAGAAAUUAAUUAGUCAAAGAAUAUUAGAAAUUAAAUUAUAUUAUACUUAGAGAAGCUAUCUAUGAUGUAAGUGAUUUUAAUCAUCCAGGAGGUUAGUACAUUUUAGAAAGAAUAACAGGAAGAGAAAUUGGUAGAUACUUUUAUGGAGGAUACCCAAUUCAAAACUUAAAUAUCAAAAUGCAUAUACAUACUUAAUUUGCUAUAAAUUAUAUUGAAACUAGGUAUUUAGGAGAUUACAGAAAUGAUAAUUGUCCAUUAUUAUAUUAUGAGGAAAACACAUCUUAAAUAGAUAAAUAUGUUUGGAAAUUUGAAUAAUAUAUUCCAUUUGCUUCAGAUGUUGGUUUAUUCAUAUUCAAAAGUCAUUUCUUUUAGGUUAGAUAAUUCUUAAAAGGAGUUUAAUGGUUUGGUCGUUACUUCUAUAUCAAACCUUUUGGAACUGGUAUUAAUCUUGUAGAAAGACCUUAUUCAAUAGUUAUGUCAUAUACUCAAUCUGCUAUUCUCAAGAGAUAAUAAAUACUUGACUAUUUCAAAUCUUAAGUCAUAGAAUAAGAUUACUAAGCCUAUAUACCAAAAUAACAAAUAAUUUUAUCUAAUGAAAUUAACUUUGUUAUAAAGAAAUGUGAUUUUUCAAAUAACAUGAGUCGUUUUCUUCAUUGUACAGGUCAUAAACCAUAUGAAAUAACAGGACCUUAUGGUUUUGGAUUGGAAUUAGAUCCUCUAUCUGAUGGAAUUCAUUAUGCUUUUGUUUAAGGAACUGGAAUUUUACCAUUUCUUGAUUUGAUUGAUUACCUUUUAAGAAAAGCUAUCUAUACAAUUCUACAUGAUUAAAGAAGUAAAGAAAUAGCUGAUUGUAUAAAUGAUAAUAAUGAGGAAUACUUAACAACCUUAGGUUAAGAUUUUUAGUUAAUAAUUCAUGUUGCUAUUAGUGAUAUUGCUCACUUUUAUGGAAUUCCAAUCAUUUAGGAUUUAUUAUUUAUUUGUAAAACCUUUCAUUUAGAUUUUUUUGAUAUUAAAAUAUUAAUCAAAGAUCGAAGUAAUAUUCCAGAAGAAUUGACAACUUAUAUGGUUGAAUCAUAUUUCGAUCUUAAAUAUAUGAAGGAACACAUAAAAUUCAAACCAACAAAGGUAUAUAUUUGUGGCAGUCCUUAAUUUGAAGAAGAAAUUCAAACAAAUUUAUUUGAUCUUGGAAUACCAAAAAAAUAUUUAGUUAUUGUGUGA